UGAGACGCGUGCGUGGCUGCAGCGCGCCAGAAACGCGAGCGGUGCGAAAGAAGAAUUGUCAAGCGAGCCGCGCUUGAGACGGCCGACUCCUUUCCCACCACAUCAUCGCCAGAGCCGCCGGUCCCACCGCGCUUUGCAGUUUGCACCGAUCGCGCAGUGUUUUAACGGAGGGAGGAAGGGAGCUGCGACGCGUGCGGGGCGUCGUCGCUGGUGUUGCGGCUGUCACACACUGUGCGUCGGCGACGCGCUUUGCGGCGCGCUCUUUUCCGAGGCGCCCCGAGUGGUGCGCACGUGCGCGACUAGCGCAGGGGAAGGGGACAUACCGCCGCCGCCACCACCACUCCGUCGCCGGAUGCCGGCGAGCGACGGAUGUUUGCCCCAAGGAAGCGCGCUUUAUUAUCGCUCCCUUUGUUUCUUUUAUUCGCCAAGCGAUCGGCAGCCGAGUAACAGCGGGGGGCUGCCGCCGCACGCCGCCGAGGUGGUCCGUCGUCAAGAGCGGCGCGUCGUGUCUGGAGCAAACGCGGUUCAACCGCCGGAACUGGCACCAAUGGCCCACUCGAAGAAACGACCAGCGACUCCGACCGUGGAGGCAUCUCCUGCGCAACCCGCUCUGCUUCCGUUGUUCCUGAUUUUCCUCUGGAUGACCACUUCGCUGACGUCCGCGUUCAAUCUGGACACUCAGUUUCCUGUGGUACUUCGCGGAGCUGCUGGAAGUCACUUUGGAUACUCAGUGGCUUUGCAUGCGGGCGGCCAGCUCGGAAUGCAGGCUCUCGUAGGUGCGAUUCGGGCGAACUCGUCGCACGGCAACUGGCACGGAAUCCACGAACCUGGCGUGCUUUACCGCUGUCCGCUACUCGAGGAAGGCCGGCCCUGCGUCGAGCUCCUCGUCGACGCUACGGGCAACGAGUUCCACGAAGACGCAAUUGAAAAUAUGCGCUACAGAGACCUGAAGGACAAUAUGACCCUUGGCAUGUCUCUUGACGUUUCACCCGACGGGAGCGUUGUGGUCUGUGCACCCCUGUGGAAAAACCAGAGAUGGUACGGAGUCUACCUAGCUAAUGGCGCUUGUUACGUGCUCGAUCGAAACCUUAGGCGGCCUAAGAAACUGGUCCCACUAGUCAAAAGAACCCAGCAGUCGGUGAACUACGACUACUACUACUACGCGGCGGAGCUGGGAUUCUCGGCGGCCUUCACGGAGGACGGCAGACUAGUCCUCGGUAUACCAGGCUUUUACAACUGGGAAGGUUCAAUAACACGCUACAACCAAGCACAUCAACUCACAAGUCAUCACAUGCUUCUAGGUAGAAAGGAGAAAGAUUCGUACAAAGGUUACUCCGUCACAACGGGAAGGUUAUUCCAGGAGCGCGAGCUAACCGUCGCCGCGGGGUCGCCGCGUGGCGCCGACUACAAAGGACAGGUGCUCCUAUUCGGAAUCGAAGGCCCGGGCAACGACAGGGGCGUCGUAAUCAAGAGCCGCCUCUCCGGAUCGCAGAUGUGCGAGUAUUUCGGUUCUUCGCUUCUGGCCACCGAUCUCGAUGGCGACGGCAUCGACGACUUGCUCGUGGGUGCCCCAAUGCACAGCAUACCGGGCGGACAGGACGAAGGGCGCGUCUACGUCUACCGAAGCACCGGCGUGGGACUGUACGCUUCCGGCCACUUGGAGGGACACCGAGCCACGGCCGCCCGCUUCGGAACCAGCAUCGCCAAAGUCGGCGACCUCAACCUGGACGGAAUUCAAGACGUGGCUGUCGGCGCACCGUACGAGAACGGCGUGGGAGCCGUGUAUAUUUACCACGGGUCGCCCACGCUUGGCGAAAGGACCGUCUACGCGCAGAGAAUAGACGCGGGCACCGUGUCGUCACGCAUCGGGGCGCCCUUGAAAGGGUUCGGCAUUAGCAUCUCCAAGGGACUGGACGUCGACGCGAACCACUACGACGACGUUCUUGUCGGAUCUUACAUGGCGGACAAUGCCGUUCUGUUUAGAUCUCGUCCGAUCGCGCAGUUGAAAGGCGUCAUCACGCCCGAGGUCGGAAUGAUCACUGCCGACAUGGGUAAAUGCGAAAUUUCCGGCGGAUCUAAAUUCUCGUGCUUCAAGCUCAAGACCUGCAUCGAGUACUCUGGGAAAUUUGUCAAUAAUACUGCCGACGUGGAGGCGGAGUUGACGCUAGACGUGAACCGCAAGGUGGAUAGCCGUCCCGUGCGGGGAUUCAUGUUCCGCGACCAAGACCGCGUCGACAAGUACAGCUCUCUGGUGCAGGCGAGGAAAGGACACACGACAUGCGAAAGCAGGCUCGUCUAUCUAGACGAGACCUUCGUCGAUCCGCUCAUACCGUUCGCCGUGCGGAUGGAGUACCGGCUGCGUGACACCGGUGACCAGCGCUGGUGCCCCACUUGCCCAGUUCCCGACAGGGGGUUCCCGCUUGCCGUCACAAAAGCGAUUCCGUAUCAGCACGGCUGUGGGUCGGAUGAAGUUUGUCGGGCGGACUUGAAGCUGGACCUCAAUAUCAUCGGCUACGAUGGAUCCCCGCUAGUGGUCGGCGAGCGUCGGGAUCUCUCGGUGUCACUUUUUCUCGAAAACGCCGGCGCCACGGACCCUGCUUAUCUGGCUCGCGUACUGGUCACUCUACCGGACCGUGUGCGAGUGGUCAACAAGGACCGCUGCAGUGUCCAACAGGACCCGGCCCACCGGAGGUCGCUCAUCGUCUGCGACGCUGGGAACCCGCUCCGGCCUUCGAGAAACGCUUUCUUCCUGCUGAAACUUGAUAUGAGUCAAGUUGAGGACACCUUCAACCUAACCGCCGAAGCUACGACGACCAGUGAGGAAGCAACACCGAACGACAACAAGGUCGUGGUCACACUGCCCUUCGUACACCAGGCAGACAUCUCCAUGCUGGGGAAAGCCAAGCCCGAAGUAGUCACUUUCAAUGCACAAACAAAGGCUAUUCAACUGGAACAUGGUUUUGUCCUCGCCAAGCUGUACGCAAGUCCAAUACAGCAAGUUCAGCUAUCUGUCCGCGUGCCCUACGUUUUCAGCGAAUCGGAGAAACCCAUCGCCUUCGUCAAGCAAAUUAGGGUGUUGCAGGGUGACCUGUUCGUGCCCGGCACUUGCCGCAACAUGGAGGGAGUGGUCAAAAGCAUCGAGGGCGACCAGGCCGGACGAAAGAGCGACGACGAUUCGCGGCCCGACGUGCUCGCCACGCGGAACGGCAGCCUGGGCGGCCGCGUCCAGCGGUCGGUGCCUGAACCCGAGUCCCCGCACUCCGAAAAACUCACCGCUCUGCUCUACCAGAAUGUGCCGCCUCUGAACUGCAAGACUUCACUCUGUCACGAAAUCAGAUGCAACUUCGGGCCGUUUCUCACCAGACAGAAGAUUGCCCAGAUAAUACUGUCUGUUGUCGUCAACAUGGAAGAGUUCACGAGACAAGCUGGUUCCUGGUAUGCGUUCAGCGUUGGCUCUGAAGGUUACCUGAAGAUCCUGGACAACACAACCUUCUUGACUGACCCUCAAUCCCGCAAGGAGAUUCGUGUGGCAACUGUCUUCCAGAAGGAAGGCCCUCCACCGGCAGAGAAGGUGGCCACUUGGAUCAUCGCAGCAAGCGCCUUCUCUGGCCUCAUCCUCUUCUCUCUGAUUAUCGCUGGACUGGUUCACUUGGGCUUCUUCCGCCGGCGACAGCGCGAGGCACUGGAGAAGCUUCUGCAGGAGGAGAACGACAAUGAGUGGAACGAGUUCACCGUUACGAAAGCCGACGUGGAGGCUGAGAAGGAGUUCUUCCGCAAGAGCAUGAUGAUGGGUGCCGCCGACCUGAAAGUGCUCCAGGAACAGAUAGAAGGCAGUACCGAAGAUGUCAAGGAUCUUGGCUGAGCAUGACUAGCAUAAUUGCUGGUUGAAAAGUGGCACAUCAAUGCCUUGAAUGGUUCAGCACGUGUUGUAUUAAUAUGGCGACAAGUGAAGUGCAAAGUGUGACCUCUAAACUUUUCGUCGUCCAGCGGUGACGGUUCUGGGACACCUUGCACCUCUCAUUUGAGACUAUUCCCUGCGAGGCACACAGGAGACUGCACCUAGCUCAGAGGUGUGCCUGCUACCUGUACGAUUUGUGGUGACAAUGUUCUGUUGGACUUUCUUUUUUCUUUCUUCUUGCUCUGUGCCCAUUGCUUUGGAAAGUAAAAAAACAAGACAGAUGCAGAACUAUAAUAGGAACAUGCUGUAAAAUAUUUAAUCUAGGUCAUGACAGUGCAGAACAUUACUCUGACGGAGUGCUUCCUUGUAUCAAGCGCCAACCUGGCCUCAAUGCAAGCUCAGCAGCAGAGUAAAAGGUACAUCACAGUAUACAAAUUCAUGGAUAUAAAAUGCUUCCAUGGUUCAAAUAGCCCAAAGUGAUUAUUACUGACAAGAGACAUGUCUCUUCAAGCCUGCAGAUCCACAUUGUGAUUUUUGCAAGUUUUAACUGUACAUUGCCAGUUUGUAUGGAAAGCGUUUGUAGCAGUGACCUGAAUACACUAUGCAACGUGUACCUAUACCUAAGAAUAACUUUGCAUGGCCGUUGGCUAAAAUAUUUGUUAGUGUACCAUCAUGUGGCUUUCGCCUGCAUGUUGCAACAGUACAACUGUAGUGCAGAACGAGAUAUGGUGAACCAGUAGCACAUAUACACACUUUCUACUUCUCAGCCUUAUUAUAAAAGUGCAAGGACAAAUGAUUGAAGCAUUAAAUUAACGUAAUUCAACUAAAACCAAGCUUGAUAUGAGAUAUAUGGCAGGCAGAAGGAAGAAUGCCACUAUCAAAACUUUGUCCUUGCCAGCAGUGAUUUCGUUGGUUCAUGAGUGCUUAACACUCUCAAGACCUUGAAUGACAACAUGCUUAAUUUUAUCUUCCUUUUGCCUGCAAUCCACACGUCAUUGUGCGCAUAUGCAGUAGCCUAACAAACAUGUACUGACAGGUAGCAAAUGCUAAAGGCAGCCAAAAAUAUUUUCGAGGCAGUUUGUGGGAAAAUUUAAUUUCCUUUAUUUCCAUGCACUUCAUGGGCAAAAUUCUGCUGUUCCAUGAGCAUAAAGUCAAGUUAUUUUAGAUUUUCUACUGGAAGUAAUAUUUCGUUAUGUUCACAUACCGUGCUGCUUAAUUCCUUAAAGAAGCAGGAGCUGUGCAUGGUAGCUGUGCAAGAAUAAAAUUGGCUUCCUUUCUGCAGUCAACAUGCUGUUGCAAUAUAUGGUAUGCCCCUUUUGACCAGCGAGUGUGGCACGUUUCUCUUGCUCUUCUUUAAUAACAAAUGCUCAUGUGGUGAAUUAUAAACCAAAAUUUAUUGAAUAGGCUUCACCAAUAUCAAGACACUAUCAACACAACCCUUGUGCAUAUUGCAAUUCAUUAUAUCAUAUGUCCCUGCUAACGUUGUCCAAGCUACUCAAUGAAAAAAGCGACUUAAAAAACAUGGUGCAAGAUAGAAUUAAAAGGGCUACGGUGUUUGGCAGUCACAGGUCUGACAACUGAACACUGCAGGUCUUACGAUAUUAUCUCGCACUGUGUCUUCUGCAUAUAUAUAUAUAUUUUUAAACAUCUUGACUAAUAUUAGCUGGGACACCCUGUAUGCAAGUUUGAGUCAAUGCCUUUGCUAUGUGUAACAGAAUAUGUGGUUUCUGCAUAAUAAUUCCAUUAGAAGUCAAGCAAAGAUUGUGGUUCGACAACCAAUCAGUUGAUGAACGCACUUGAUUUCAGGCAGUACAUAAUGAAGGAUGGGUGAUGAUUCAUGCUGUGUACUUAUAAUCUGUAUUACUGCAGUGGUCUCAUUUUACUAAGCAUUAAAUAGUUAAUGAUAGUAAUAUUUAUUUGCAUAGUAUAUAUAAUAUACAUGAACAUGCUCAUGUAUUGUAUGUGGUCAUGUACUGAUUGCAACAAGUACUGGUCUUUUCUUGUUCAUUCUAUAUGCGAAGUCCAGCUGAAUGCGACCCGCAGUAACUAGUCCUGCGAGAAUUAUAUACUAACAGUAGUGUUAUCUGCAAGUGGGAAAAGCCAAAGUACCUGCUCUUUGAGUGACCAUGGAAUGGUCAUUGGGUCAUAAUUCAGAAAAUUUACCACUGCUAGCAAAAGUUUGGUGAAUCAUACAGCACCAAAUCAACAUUGCCAUAACAGACUUGCUUGAAUAAAUAUGUGCUAUGUGCCAAUUUCAUCACAAGUAGAAGACAACACUAUGUAUCAUUUGAGGCGAGGCACUAGUGCUAUUUACAGUAUUAAAGCAUGCUAGUUGUUCGUAGUUUUUUUCUACUCUUACAACAGUGUCAUAUUUUUUAACACCAAGCGAUGCUUUAUAAUCAUGUAUACCCCAAACAAUAGACCAUGUUAACAGCCUUUGGAAGCAUUCCACAUUAUUUUGUUUUCUGUUACAAUUGCAAGUUUGUAUCAGUGGUCAUCUUUAUGGAUCUUCAUGUUUUCACAUUUCCUCUUAACUUGAGUAAGUGGUGAUAUGCCGAACAGGAUUGCACUGUAUCUGUGAUGUGUGUGCACAGCUUUAUUCAAGAGCAAUGGUCAUCUUUUCUUGCUGUGCUAACUUUGUGAUUUGUAUUUCACAAUUUUUUUCAAUGCACUAAACAUGUCUUGUGCCUGUUC